AGCUGUGGUUCAGUCCUGAUCCACACUAACACACGUCACAGAGAGUGAGUUAUAACCUCAGUUUCUUCCUGUGUAAAACGGAGACAACACUCAACGGGUUAGGAGGACUAAGUGAGAAAAUGCUUAUUAACUCAGUUCCUAGCACAGAGGAAGCACAAGAUUCUGUGAUCCAAUCCUCCACUACAAAGACUUCUGAGAAAGAGGCUCUCCAGAGGUAAAAAGUCUGCGGAUAGGAAAUCCCUUAGCUUCCGGGCUUCUGCGGGACUCCCAUCUUUUCCCCGGACAACGGAGAACGGGACCUCUUUCUCUUGGGACCCGCGGUGGGAUCCAGGGCCUGAAGGUGAAGCCUAAAAGUUAGGUGGGCUCUUGGAGCCCGGAUUCCAGCUUCCUUUAUGCAGAAGCCCCGUGGAAUCGUGGUCUGACGCACUGGGAGACAGAGACGCCGGCCUGAGUGGAUGCUGUGGCUGUCUUUUGACUUGGCUCUUUCCGUGGGAAGGUAGAAAGGAGCAGCGAGGCGAGAAUUUAUAGUUCUUUGACAUCAUCAUGUUGUCCUGGAAAGCCAGCGCGCUUUCACAAUCCCCUCACCAGACCGGGCGACCCAGCUUUGAAUGCUUUUAAGGCGUUUGCACCAAACUAGUUGAAUGCAGCCACCUUUCCUACAACUGGGAAACUAGGAGUCUCUCUAGCAAGUUGAAUUCUCCCCUUUACGAAUGAAUGACCGCUUCUGGUUUAGGAAAAUGUUCUGAUGUUAGAUUGCUCUUGGGUGGGCCUUUCCUUCUAAUAGCAAUUGUGUUCCCUUAGUUUGACUGAUUUAGGGAGGCAGGCUUACUUAUAUUGGUACUCUGAGAAUGUUGCCUACUGUGGUUGUAAGGAAAGUUUUGUUCAGCCAACAAGAGCUCAUUCUCUCAGUGGAAAAGCAGCCUAGUCGUCGCUAACGCUUCCUUGCUCGAUAGGUCUGAAGAGACUUCAAACACGGACACAUGAAGACGUUUCACUGUCUCCUACAGGUUCCCGCAGUCAAAUUCCCGGCAGGCAAGGCAGGCGGAGAGGGCAACUCUGGGGCAGUUCCAUUGAGAAAAAUAAAUUUAUUCAACAGCAUAACAAUCUGGCUUAUAAACAGGGAGUUAACCAAGCAAAAAAUAACCUUCAAGAAACUAUGGACACUCGCUCACCAUUCAUUGCCCAAGCCAGCAGAGCGCCUACAUCUUGAGCAACGUAUUCUGCUUCAUAUCACUCUUAUCUCUCGCUCUUUUUUCUUUCGUUAAGUGACUCCCUUUUCAGAGGCGGCGGUCCAAAAAUUAACCUUUCUGGGAAAGAGAGAAAUCAAAUGCAAAUCGGCUUGGCGCUGCCUGACUCACAAAACGCCCUGGGGAUGCGACUAUGUCUAUAGGUGAUUUUUCCUUAAAAAAAAUUUUUCCCCCCUCUCUCUGAAAGAGUGAAACUGCCUGCCGUGAGGAAGUUCUCCUUGAUUUUGUCUCCAGUAAAUUCGCCGGGUGCAGACUGCCUUAGCGUUUUAAAUCGGGUUAGUGACCACUAGAGACGGAAAUCGCUAAUUACCAAGUCCCUUUUGAUCUCCCCGGGCCGUUUGGCUCUUGACCCUGGAGGCUCCAGUAUCCGUGCUUUCCCAGAACUGGACCACAGCGGCGAGACCAGAGCCGGGUCUACAGUUAACGUGUACGCCAAGGUCUGGAUCGGACUGCUAAAAAUGUCCACAGACAUCCCAGAGUUGCAGACUUCGGGAGCUGAUGUGCUGCUGGAAGUUAACUAGCGCCUGUGUGUCCAGGAGUUUGAUUAAGCUACCCGCUAACCGCACUUUUCUUUAAAUUUGGGGCUAAGAAUGGGGAAAUAAUAUAUUAAAAUUUCCUCAUCCACUGCCUCUCCCCUCUAACCACCUUCCUUUUUCGAUUUUUUUUUUUUUUUUUUGUGGGAAAUUGAGUUUUCUUCUUUUUGCUGGGACUAAAAUGUGAUUCGAAAUAGUUUGUGAAAUGAACAAAAGUCACCAGCAAGCCGGACGUCUGGGGCAGAGCGCUGACGGUAGAGGAGUGAGAGCGAAGGCUUGGUCUGGGAGGAUAAUGGGGAGCCGGCCUCCUCCCCGUCUCGUCUCCAUUCCCCUCUGUCUUCCAGGUAAAACGGAUUUCCCUUCAUCCAUCACCCGCUGGGAGCGCCCUUCCCCAGGCAAGCGGAGAAUUUGUUAGCUGCCAGAACCUGUUAGCUCCGUUCGGGGCGGCUUUGUGGAGCCAAACGAGGCUCCCUCCAUUGUGGCCUUUGUCCGAGGAAUUUAAGUAUUUACAUAAUGCGUGAGCACGGAACUCGGCGAUGGGUCGGGACUCGGUGUGUGGAGACUGGCGCGUACUCGGCAACCGCGGCGCCCUGGCGCGCGUGCGCCCAGGAACCGCCUCGCUGUGCGCGGGCUCAGGGCGCGCAGGUCCUGAGAGCAGCGCCCCUCGCUGGGUCACGUCCGGGGGGCUGCGCUGUAAGAGGUGAAGUUUCGGUGAAUGAAUCGAAGAAGCUGGAUCCAUGAGACUCUGAAGCUGGAAUAAUUAAUUCGGUUUUCUAGGAGAAUGUUGGGCGCUUCGUCGUUUUACUUGCUGACCCGUGCGCUCAAUGGACCCUGGCGCCACGGACCGCGGAGGCGCCUCGGGUUCCGAUCACUCGCGGGGUCGCUUCCCACCCGCGCGCCAGCGGACAGCGAGGGGCAUUUAAAGGGGAGAAGAGUGCGCGAUGUGCAGACCACUGCUAUGCGGAGUUUAGGAAGGAAUCUGGAGGCUUUCGAGGCGCGCACACUUCUCAGAGUAAAUGCAGAUACUUUAGGAAGCCGACGUCUCCGAGUAUCCAACCUUUUGGAGAGAGGUGGCUCUACUCAGAAAUCUCGCCCAAGGCGACUCUCCACCAAAAACGCCCCAGAGGUACCCAAAACGCUCCCCAAUCUAGCAGGUGCAAGAUCUAUUAUGCGGCCUCUACUUUCCAAAGCCGGCCGCUGAGAGGCGGAAGUGCUACGGAAUGGAUUUCAAACAGGAGCCCGCACUGGAAGGGGUGGCUAGGCAGACCCUCGAAGCCCAGAAGCGGCCCGCCCUUUCCACGGGGCCUGAGGGCUGGCGCCGCCCCUGAGCGAGCGCGCUCUUCGCCGGUCCCAAUCAGCUCUCUCGCCGGGUCUGUGACGGCAUUCGGCCCCGCCCCCUCGACGGCGAUAAAUACAUCGGCAAAGGCUCCGUCGCGAGCACCGCGUGCGGCCCUGCGCCCCGGCCGGGCCUCCAGGUGCGCUUUAUAUACAUAGCAUCCAGCUUGUAGGGCAGGUUCCGCUGUCCCCGCGGUCAGCCGCGGCCAGCUCCGCAUCCUCCUCAGUCCCCCGUGCGGUGCGGCCAAGCCGAGCGGAUCUCCAGGCUUCUCGCCUUCUUCUUUUUCUCUCCCUCCCUCCUCCGCAGGUGACAUGUCCCGCGGCACUGGCCGGCCGGCUUGCAGGAUGAAAAACCCAAUGCUGGAGGCCGUGUCGCUCGUGCUGGAGAAGCUCCUCUUCAUCUCCAACUUCAAGUUCUUCAGUUCGGGCGCCCCGGGUGAAGACAAGGCGGGGAACACUUUAUAUGAGAUCAACUCUUUUCUCCGCGGCGACGUGCUGGAGGUGCCUCGGACCCACCUGACGCACUAUGGCAUCUACCUGGGCGACAACCGUGUCGCCCACAUGAUGCCCGAUAUCCUGUUGGCCCUGACUGACGACAAAGGGCUCACGCAGAAAGUGGUCUCCAACAAGCGUCUCAUCCUAGGCGUCAUUGGCAGGGUGGCCAGCAUCCGCGUGGACACCGUGGAAGACUUCGCCUACGGAGCCGAGAUCCUGGUCAAUCACCUGGACAGGUCCCUCAAGAAGAAGGCGCUGCUCAACGAAGAGGUGGCGCAGAGGGCAGAGAAGCUGCUGGGCAUAACUCCCUACAGCCUGCUUUGGAACAACUGCGAGCAUUUCGUCACCUACUGCAGGGUAUCUCGAAAUGCACGGCGCACGAGUGUGGCAACGCAGUACCGCUGCCAGCAACGCCAGAGAGCUGCCCAGUUAUUGCUGCAGAAGUCAUCAGGGUGUCCACCCAGCGUAGUUGAAAUGACAAGGGCGAGUGACUGGGAGGGUCACAGAAAAUCUGUCGCCGUAUGCUUGCAACUUUACCCAAGAAUUGGCAGUUGGAAGGAAGUUUUGUGAGAAUGUGAAGAUAAUUAUUCGUGAUCAGAGAAGUGUCCUUGCUUCUGCAGUCUUGGGAUUGGCAUCUAUAUUCUGUCUGGGCUUGACAUCAUAUACUACUCUUCCUGCAAUUUUUAUUCCAUUCUGUUUAUGGAUG